AUUAAAGUUGUUGUGUAAAGUGUUUAAAAAUAAUCAGUUGUUUAAAAAUAAAAGUGGACUGUGUUCUAGUACCAAUAAUUUUUAUUCAUCAUAAGCCAGUGGUACUAAACUAUAGUUAAGUGAACGCUAGUUUUGGAUGAAAAUGUACAUUAUUUUACUUUUGUCUACAAAACCAAGAUUCACCAUAAUGAAAGGACCAAAAAGAUUAACAAUGCCUCUGAUACUAUUCUGCUUAAUGACUGUAGUUUCCAGUUUAGCCUUAAAACAAUGCCAAUCAAAUAGUGAUUGUUUAGGAAAUGAGUACUGCUACCGAAAUAAACAUUGUACCCCAUGUUUGGACUGUUCCCAAUAUGGACAAAGUAAUCCACCAGGAUGUGCCAAAGAUCCAAAGGAUUGUGGAGAGUGCUUACCGGGAUUCCAAAACGACCCUCAGAAUCAAUUUAAUACUGGGAGAAAAAGAUGCGUGGAAAAUGAUUUAGGCCACGACACAUCAACCGACUCUAACAAAGAUACUCCAAAACAAGAUAUUUCGAAUCACACACUUUUGAUAAUCAUUUUCUCUGUAGUUGGUGUUAUUUUGGUUUUUGCAAUUAUUGGUUGUUUCGUCGUAAAGUAUCGUGUUGCGAGGAAGAUAAACGAAAUUACUGCAAUUCCUGAGAAGACAAACGGAAUGAAUGAUCCAAGUGCUCCGAUGAUGGCGCCUGAGCAUGCAAUUAACCAUGCUUAUUCUCAAAGUGGAUCAUACUUUGAUGAUUCAUCUGCACGUGAUUCACCUCCUGCAUAUACACCAGGAAAUGUUGCUGCUGAGGGUCCACGAAUUUCUGAUAAUUUCCAAGAAGCUGUCCCUUAUAGACCUCCGAAUUAUAUUACGCCUCCAGCUGUUACAGAGGACCACACUGAUUCAAUGGCGACACCGAGACCAGGUGCUGGUGAUGUUAUUAAUUCACCAGAUGGAGAAUCUACACAACCAAGCCCUUGGACUCCGACGCCCGCUUCAACUGAUGAUAGAACUACCUUUGCUGGAAUUUUACAACAAGAGAAUAGAAAUAUUCGACGACAUUCUGACGCUGAAAAUGUCCAAGAGCAAGAUGAACCACCACCUAAACAACCCAAAUCUUCGAAUGAGCCCCGAUACACUGUACUUAACAUCAAUAAUAUCAUCAAUGUCAGUAGUAGCACAAUUCAAACACAAACUCAAAGCAAUUACCAGUCACCAAAUACUAACAAUAUGAAUUGUUUUAACUCAAGAAAUGCUGCGUCAUCGAAUAACCCCGAUGAAGAUUCUGAUAAUUGUUCUGAAGACAGAGAUGUAUAUAGUUACCGAAGUAAUUAACAAUACUAGUGGCCAAAUUUGUAAUGUGAUACUUUAAGAUUUAAUUAGUGACAUAAUAUAGAAGAUUAAUGUAGAUUUAAAAACAAUUGGUUUCAA